UCGAGUAGUUGUGAUAAUUGUGAUCAAUAAUGAAGAGAGCGAGGACAAGUACCACAAUCGCAAAGAAAGUGGAAGCCGUCGAGCUUUUGCAGAGUGGGGAACCUUUGAAUUCCGUGACAGCUAUAUAUCACGUGGAUAGAUCCACUGUACACAAAUGGAAAAAUAACUAUCAGACACUGAGAAUGAACUUGAAGAACAACUCGGGAAAGAAGAAACUACGGCAUAGUGACUAUUCCAAGACAUGUGAAGCCCUCUCUCUGUGGUUUUACUGCAUGAGAGAAAAAGGCGAGUUACCAUUUUGUGCUUCCGGAACAAUUGUUUUAUCAAUUUUUUCCCAUGUAGGAAUGCCAAUCAGUGGCCCCCUUCUUCGGGGAAAAGCUCUCGAAUUUCACAAGCAGUUUCAAGACGGACCGAUCAAUUUUACUGCAAGUACUGGAUGGCUCGAUAAAUGGAAGAAAAGGCACGGAAUGAGACGACUUACUGUUUCCGGGGAGUCUCUGUCCUCUAAUGAAGAAAUGCUUCCAGAAUUUCUAGAAAGUCUUCAGAACAUAAUAGAAGAAGAUGACCUGAUCCUGGACCAAAUUUAUAAUGCAGAUGAGACGGGGCUUAAUUACCGCAGGCUUCCGAACAAGACGCUUGUUGAGAAAAAUAGAAGGUCUGCUCCUGGCUUCAAAGUGAAUAAAGAAAGAGUCAGCGUUCUAGCCUGCGCGAAUGCCACAGGCUUGCAUAAACUGCCACUGUUUGUCAUCGGAAAAGCCCAGAACCCUAGGGCUUUCAAAAACGUAGAUAAGUCUUCUUUCCCUGUUAAAUAUGGGCAUCAGGCUUCCAGCUGGAUGAGUAAGGUACUCUUUCGAGAUUGGUUUUUUUCAGACUUUGUUCCACAAGUCCGAGACUACCUCAGACGCCAAGGUCUUCCUGAAAAAGCGCUUUUAAUUUUGGACAAUGCUCCUGUCCACCCGCAUGCUUCUGAGCUGGUGUCUGGUGGCAUAAAAGUUUUGUACUUGCCACCAAAUUGCACAGCCACGAUCCAGCCCAUGGACCAGAACAUCUUAGAGACUAUGAAAAGAAAAUAUAAGAGUAUGUUCGUGCAAUUUCUUCUUCAAAAUCUGGACAACGAGCAAGACCUCAUGGAGUCAAUCAAGAAGACGAAUAUUCUUCAGGCGAUUCUCUGGCUCUCAGAAGCUUGGGAUAAUGUGCAAUCUGGUACUAUUGCCCGGAGUUGGAAGGGUAUUUUCACUGAGACAUACACACCUGAUGAUCAGGAAGAGAUUCAGCAGAUUGAAAAUGACCAGACUGAUGAAAUCUCUGAGUUGUACGAAUUGAUGAAUUUACUUCCCGUCACAGAACCACUUACACAGGACGAUGUACAGCAAUGGUGUACGGACAAGAGCAUGGAAAUAAGCAACGGAGAAAUCAUUCAGAUGGUUGAGGACAUGUAUGCAGAUAACGAAAUUCUAAAUCUGCAAGAAGAAGCGAUUAGGGAUGAAAACUUGCGAUUGGGGAUGAAGAAGAAGGAUUGCAUGUUCUUGAAAAUGCUCUCAAAUUUGCACACCAGUAAGGAGAAUGCGAAUCCAGGAUUUCCAUGUUCUUAAAAAUAAAAGAAAAGACUGAACGCAAAAUAAUACUCACCCAAAAAAUAUUUAAAGUAAAGAAUGAAGUUUGUUCGAUUGAAGAUUUAAGAAUUGAAGUGAUAAUAAAUGAAUUCCUGUGAUUAAUUUCUUCUUGAUGGUCUUUAUUCAAUUUUGAAAUGACAUUAAAAUUUUGCAAUUUCAAUACCAAAAGUCGUUGGUAAUUUUAAAAAAUGACAUGGACUAUAGUGCGACCCAAGUGUCAAAUUUGAAACCAAAUAUGGACUAUAGCGAGAC